AUGGCCUUUUCAGCUGUCAGAAGCACCUCUUCUCGCUUCCCGAAGGUUGAGAGGCUUGGUCACGAGGCGGUGUCAGUGAAGAACCAGCCGUGGUUGAUCACAGACAGCGCCUCCGCACAAGUGCGGGCACUGUUUGCGCAGCUGGUGAGGGCAAGUCCCGACAACAUCGCUCUGGCACCAUCCACCUCCUAUGCGAUCUCACAGGCGGCGCACAACAUCGCAAGGUCUGGAAGAGUUUCAGCAGGUGACGUGAUCCUUGUACUCCAGAACCAGAUGAGCUCCAAUGUCUAUGCGUGGCAGCGCCUCUGUCGUGAGAGCGGCGCCCGCUUGGUGGCUAUCCCAGAGCCACAGGAACAAACGGAGGAGGAAUCUGUGGAGCGUCGGCCAAAGCGCCAGCGAACAGAUUCCUCGAUGUCUGGGAUGACCUUAUCCCCUUGGGACGAAGCGCUGGAAACUGCAGUCCGACUCCAUGCCCAGCGCUCCCGGAUUGCGGUGGUCGCUGUGCCCCACUUUUUGUGGACCGACGGUUCAGGGCCGAUCAACUUGCACCGACUUCGAUCCGUGCUGGACGAGGUUGCGUGGGGCCGACGAACAGUCCUGGUUGUAGACGCUACGCAAUCUUUAGGCGUGGUGCCUAUUCAGGCAGAGUCCUGGGGCAUUGACUGGCUGGCCUGCUCCGUGCACAAGUGGCUCUUCGGGCCGUACGGUUUAUCCCUGGUGUACGUUUCACCCGAGUGGAGCCAGGACGCCGCAACUGAGCCCAUAGUCCAGGAUGAACACAACCGUCUCGGUGCAGAUGGAGACGUUUGCCUUCCCUUUGACCUUGAGAGACCAGGUUACUCGGAAGACUUUCAAGAGGGUGCGAGAAAGUUCGACGCGGGCGGUCGCGUCAAUCCCAUAUUGAUGCCAAUGGUUGCCGGUGCUUUGAAACAGGUUCUCGAGUGGCAUCCAGAUCGCAUUGGUGCCGCACUCGCACCCCUCACGGCGCAGUGCGCCGAAGGAGCCGCCAGAUUGGGCCUCCAAGUGCCAUCUUCGCAUGCGCCACACUUUGUUGGAGUGGGCCCAAGUUCAGAGGAUAUCGGACGUGAACUACUGCACGGUGAAGGUGAGGCAACUGCGCGAAACCGAUCGCAAGCUGCGGAGAGGUGGGCUGAUGCUGCCGCCGCAUACUUGAAGAGACACAGCAUUCACGUGUCCUCCAGGGCUGGAGUUCUGCGCGUGUCGCCACAUCUUUACAACACAUCGAGUGACGUCCAAGCCUUCCUCGACAAGCUGGCAUUUUUCAGGCGCAACCGGCCGAGCUAG